AUGAACUGCCCCGAUCUUGCCACACAAAAUGAGCUUCCCAUAGAGAAUUGCAACGCCGCUGCCGCCGCCGGCAGCGCUACACUCUGCACGCUAUCUCUGCACGCCGCGGAGGUUGGGCCACACGAGCACACGAAUAGCGUGAACAGGAGCUACUCCGACUUGGAUAGCUCGCAGUUUGUCUUCUAUGCCGCGGUGCUCUGCUGGCUACGGACAGCCCUGCAGCAGCCUCUCAAUCUUGCCUUAGCUCGCCAGCAGACAUGCCCAGUCGCGAGCUCCUUGACGGCAAUGCAAAUCGUGAGACGCGUGUACUCCACCGAGGGAGGCGCACGUGGACUGACGCAGGGAAUGUUUGCCCUAACGCUCGGCUGCGCUCUUAGCGAGGCGCUCUAUCUCUGGCUUUUUGAGUACAGCCGCGAACGACUUCCCAUGGAGUCCGAGGCAACACGCGAUGCAUUUUCGGGGUACGUUUCCGACGCCGUCUGUCGGCUGGUCCAUAUUCCACUUAGCAUUGUCGCACUGCGGCAAAUGACGGCAAAGAAGACCAUGUUUGGCGGCACGCAUAAAACAAGUGGCAUGUUUUUCACGCUGGUGGCAAUGUACCGCGAGAAUGGGCUGCGUACGGUGUUCGCAGGCUACGGCACAACGUUGUUAGUUGGAUGUCAGUGGACGGCGGUGUGGUGGGCGAUGUACGGAUACACCAAGGCCUGGCUGUACGAGGUCGCAGACGGCUUCCUAGAGAAGGAGGAGCAGGCGGAGUUGAACCCACCCAUUUCGUCCCUUUCAGCGUGGAAGCACUGGUUGCGGGCGAGGGACGAUAACAUGGUCCUGAACUCCAUCUCCUCGUUUUGUACGAGCGCGAGCACGGCCGUCCUCUUCAAUCCGUAUCUGGUGAUACGAGCGAACCUGCAGGUGACGCCGCAUGCCCGAUUGUGGCGCGUCGUCCGCGAUUUGUACCGAACUCGCGGUGUGCAGGGGUUCUACGUGGGGCUUGCGCUUAACAUCGGAACGUGUCUUAUAGAUGGUGUGCUGGCGUCCACCUCCUACGAAUACGCCAAGCUGUGGGCGGACAAGAGCCACCACUACCAGUCAAGAUGA